AUGGCAGCUUAUGCAGCUCUGGUUUCUGUGAUGAACAUUAUUGAGCAGAUGAUGAGCCAUCCUCGCCUUUCAAUUGUAUUCGACAAGAAACAGAUUGAAUCCCUUGGGGAAAAGGCUGAUGGCUUGCUCGACUUCAUAACCAACACUAAUAUUGAUGGAGGUAGCAAACAAGCAUCAGAUCUGGAGAGUCAAAUCGCAUCUGCAGCUCACGCAGCUGAAGAUGUGAUUGAAUCACACAUUUUCGAUCAAAUUCAUGCUGGAUCCAGUCAUGGAUGCUCGUUGUUGGAUCUGCAACAAAUAAUUGAAGAAAUGGAUGGUAUCAUGAGAAAGGGUGCUGAGCUCAAGGAGAAAUGGCGAGCGAGAGAGGAGCAAGCUGCACAUGGUGACGUGGAUGUUGUGGAGGAGAAACAACCUCUCACCACCACUGGAAAGGCUUCUCCGGUGGGACUCGAAGACGACGUGAUCCACAUCAUGGACAAGCUCACCAUACAUCAAUCCAAGCAGCUCAUCAUCUCGAUUGUGGGGAUGGGCGGCACGGGUAAGACCACGCUUGCUCUAAAUGUUUAUGAAAAUUCACUCAUCCAGAGACACUUUGACAUUCGUGCUUGGGCUACUGUAUCUCAACAAUACAGUGCACACGAAAUCUUUUCAAAACUUCUCUCUAGCAUAGGGCAAAGUGGAAGUGGAAAUGAUUUAGGGGUAAAGUUGCAUCAGACUUUAUGUGGUAGACGAUAUCUGAUUGUAUUAGAUGACAUAUGGAGUGUCGAAGCUUGGGAUGAGGUGAGGCUUUACUUUCCUGAUAAUGGGAAUGGAAGUCGGAUCGUUUUAACUACUAGGUUGUCGGAUGUGGCUAGUGAUUGUGGCUCUAGUUCUUGCAUCACCAUGAAACCUUUAAAAAAGGAUCAAAGUUGGGUGUUGUUUUGCAGAAACGCUUUCCAGCAAGAGCAUUGCCCUUAUCCUCAACUAGAAAGUGUGGGAAAUAAGAUUGUUAGAUUGUGCAGAGGACUACCCUUGUCAAUUGUUGUGAUUGGAGGGUUUCUUCUCAAAUCGCCUAGGACUGUAGGAUUCCGGGAGGAUGUUGCCAAGAAUAUAAAAUCAAUCCCCACUUCAACAGAAAAGCAGGAGAUCUUAGAUGUGUUAUCUCUAAGCUAUAGUCACUUGCCCCCUCAUCUGAAACCAUGUUUUCUUUAUAUGGGAAUUUUUGAGGAGGACCGUGAGAUUCGUGCAUCACGAAUCAUCAAACUUUGGGUUGCUGAAGGAUUUAUCAAACCGAAGAGAGCCCAAAUGUUAGAAGAGAUUGCAGAGGGGUACUUGAAUGACUUAGUUGACAGGAAUCUUGUUCUUGUUGGCAGAUAUCGAUAUAAUGGGAAGAUUAGGUCUUGUCGACUUCACGAUCUGAUAAGAGAUCUGUGCUUGAAAGUAUCUGAGAAAGACAAGUUCUUCUAUGCCAAGAGGGCACUCGGCAACAUGACUGAGGAGCGUCGCUUCAUAUGUCAUGACUUCAUCGAGAGUGAAGAUGUUCAUGGUAUGUAG